AUGCUCACCUACUCCAGCUUCUACAGCAACUUCGGCGUAGAGGACAGCGCUGAUGAUGAUUCCAUCGCUCCCUUGGGCGAGUUCGAGCAUGCCGCGUUCUUGCUGUACUGGCUAUGCAAGUUCGUGUUUUGCACCCAGGCGAACAAAGUCACCCUGGAGUUCGCCCAUCUGGCCGACUAUCUCGCGCAUGGCGGAAGGCUGGCACUCGACCCAUUCCUCCUUGGUCAUAUCUACCAUACGCUUCACGACGUCGUCACGGAUGGGAUGAAGUCGAAGCACGGUGGUCCACUAUGGGCCUUCCAGUUCUGGCUGCAAGCUUACUUCCUAGAGCUGAGAGGGGUGGUCAAUAUUGCCGACAUCGAGCCGUUGGCCAACGCAUUCGCCCGGGCCCCCAGGAAGCAUAACACCUCGACUUGCUGCUACAAAUUUUUCUACGGCUUGGUCGAGAGGACCAGGUCGCAGUUCCGGGUGUGCCUUGCUCGACCGUACCCUUUGUUCCUGGCGCACAACCUCUCCGUGAUUCUUGACGACGAAACGGAGAACGAUAUGAGGGAGAUCUUGGCUCCUUCCUGA